AUGGCAAACUCCGCGAAUCAUUCAGAAACCGGCGAUACAAACCAGGGAUCGGCACCACAGCAUGUGCUUGGGAUUCCUCGCCCUCCCUCCGUGGGAGGUAUUUCAUCCCGAGUGACGGAUGAAGAUGGAGAGCGAACAGCGUCCUAUACGUCACGUCCAGCUCCGCACCAGUCGCGAUCCUCUGUCUCUCGACGUGCUCCGCCCCAAACACGAAAUUCCAUCAAUGCGCCUAACCAGUUGACCAGCAGGCCUGGUAGCUCAGGGAGUCGCCUGAGUAGAUCGCAUAUCCCGUCUCUAACAGCGCAAGGUUUCUUUCGACCCAUGAGCUCGCAACGAUUGCAGGCACACCGAGGAACACGUCCUGUGACUAAAGGGACGGUUUCAUCCACCGACGACUGGCCAGAACAAGGGAGCCAGAACCGAACAAGCUUGGUGUCCAACAGCACGGUUCAACAAGGAUCUCUGCCUCUGACUGAUAUGGAAGUCCCACCAUCCCGAGGAACAGAAUUCACAGAUCCUAUCAUUCCAGACCGCAAUACCUCAAACGCCAGUCCCACUGGUAACACCACGGUCCGGAGUCUAGGUGAAAGCGUUAGGCUUCUGCGGGAUCGAGACCAAAAGGGGAAACCCCAACAUCUUAACUUGGGCGCCAACUAUACAGGGCAUGCCGGGCAAGAUGUACAACCAAAAUCACCUCUUUCAUUCCUCUCAUUACAAAAUCGGGGCGCAGGACACAAUGAUAACCGGGGAAAUCAAGGUCAUGAACAUCUCUCCUCUGCUGGGUCCUCCCCGGGUCCUCUCGAUAUCAAGAAGCCCCAGCUACCAGAAACGAAUUUGGGCAAAAACUAUGAGUAUUUUCUUGGGAACACACUCUUCUGCGGCGGGGGUCGAUUCCAAAACUCGCGAGACAAGCCUGUCAAUAUUGCGACAGGGCUUUUGGUCGUCGUACCCUCGGCGUUAUUCUUUGGUUUCUCGGCCCCUUGGCUGUGGCAUAAUAUCUCUCCUGCUAUUCCCAUAGUGUUUGCUUACAUCUUCUACGUCUGUUUCUCGUCUUUUGUGCAUGCGUCCGUCGUUGAUCCUGGAAUUAUGCCUCGGAAUGUGCAUCCUAUGCCUCAUCCAGAUUCUUCGAGCGAUCCUCUGGCCCUUGGUCCACCCACAAACGAUUGGGUCAUGGUCAAACUUGCUACUUCCGAUGUGGCCGCCAUGGAUGUGCCAGUGAAAUACUGCAAAACAUGCAACAUUUGGCGCCCACCUCGUUGCUAUCAUUGCCGUGUAUGCAACAAUUGUGUGGAAACCCUCGACCACCAUUGCGUGUGGCUCAACAAUUGCGUUGGUCGCCGAAACUACCGCUAUUUCUUUACUUUCGUCAGCUCUUGCACCCUCUUGGCACUCUUUUUGAUCGGUGCUAGUCUCGCCCAUAUCUUGGUCUACAUGUCUCGAGAAAACAUAUCAUUUGGAGCUGCAAUCUCCAAGUGGAGAGUGCCUUGGGCCAUGGUAAUCUACGGUUUAGUCGCAGUGCCAUACCCUACAUCGCUUUGUGCCUACCAUCUCUUCCUAGUCGGCCGUGGUGAAACCACGAGAGAAUAUCUCAACUCGCACAAGUUUGCCAAGGCUGACCGGCAUCGACCCUUCACCCAAGGAAAUAUCCUUCAGAAUUGGAUUGCUGUCCUUGGACGUCCUCGGCCUCCUACCUACAUGCAAUUGAAGCAGCGGUACGAAGAUGGCGAUCAACGCUUUGAUUCCCAAAAACGCAAGUAUCGCGUUCCAGAUGUCGACUCCCAAGACAUUGAAAUGCAGCAUGUCGGUCAUCAACAAGGUUAG